CCCCCUUGACAACCAUCGCCCUUGACAACUCCCUCGUCUGCCACUGCUUCUGCUCUCCUUACCAUUGCCCCCCUUAUCCUCUCUGCUGUGCUGCUCAGACUUAGACCGGCAACCGCAUAUCCACCCCUAGCUUGCCCCUCCAUCGCUCUAAUAUCGGCCAAUCUACACCUGCUAGACAUUCCCGACAGGCGUACCGGAUAUACCCCUGUCACACGUCUCGAGAGCAACUGUGUGAGCCCAGGCGUCGGCCAGUUGCACGGCAAUCUCCUAGAAGCACAAAAGAGGGCGUCUGAAAUACUACGAGACCGAGCACGACCCACAAACCUCUCUUAUCAGGCCCGGGCGUCAAUAUUGAUAAGGAGGUCCAAGCGAACACCUCGAAAGCUACCGGUACUGCAUACUGGCCGAGUCGAUCUAAUCUGGCUGCGUCAAUUCGCGGCAGAGUCCAGAUCAGCGACGAUCGACCAUGACCACGGCAGGCGUCAAUUUCGCGCCUCGCUCGCUCCCCGCUGCACAGUCUUCGGGCUCAUCACUGCCCCGCCCUCCUUACCCCGAAGACCCCCUCGACAGGCGUAGCCCGGGAGUCACAUUCUCUACUCCACCUAUUGCAGACAGGCCCUCACCACCUCUUCCUGACACGCCCCCCGCUGAUGGACCGGAGCGGGUACCCGUGCAUCGUACCACCUCUGGGGGCACAGGCGACCGGCGUGGGCUUGCCAAUCAGGCCUCCAGUCCCUGCCUCGGCAGAUCACAAUCAAUCACAGCAUCGUCAGGCAUGGCUUCUUCACCGCCGUCCAACAACAAGGAUAACAACAUGUUCGGGCGUGUGGUUCGUAAACUCUCUAAGCGCGUCAAACCUCCCAGCCAACGCUUCGCAGCAGGAGGUGAAGCAGAAGCUAAUGCGCCGGCUAGAGGGAGGGUCGAUUCGCAUGGACGUUCGGCAGACCUAGACGCACGUCGGAGGGCCAGAAGUAGGGAGCAGAUGAGGAUGGAAGAGUCUGGGCAGGUGCGAGGCCGCAGACCGUCUCUCGAAUGGGGUCCUCCGCCGUUGCAAGCUAGCGACUGGGUACCCGCUUCAGAGACGAGACCUGCUCCACCAGCCGAGCCCCUCAGCAGUACCAACAAAUAUGCUCUUGCAUCGAGAUCGUUCGAUUCGCUGGUGUCCCUGGGUGGCAAUGACGGCGUGACACCAGUGCUGAAGAGCAAUGCGGCAUCUUCAAACAAUCCAUUCAGAUCGGACUUCUCCCAGGAUGCGCAGCCUGCAUCGACGAAUCGAUGGAUGACUUCAAGCAUCACAACCCCCUCUCUGAUCGCCUUGAAUGACCCCCCGCAAUACUCAAGCAAGACGCCUAUCUCACCCUCUCUGGACCCAAAGAAGGUCAAGAUCUCGUCAACAGCUCGGGGAAAGCCAGCUUCGGACCUGCCUCUUGCAUCCGCUCACUCGUCACACCUACGUGCUCCUUCGAAGCCCGACCUUCGCAGUGUGGUGGGGGCACCUGUCAAUGGCUCGGCUGACCCAAGUGGAGCCGAUCUCGGUGCGCUCCCAAAGCAGGAACAGUCGGAGAGAGGAGAGCUCGUAGGCAAGGGACCUUAUUGGGCUGUGCAACGUGGUUGGACCAAGGGUGUCGUCACGAGCAAAGAGGAAGCAGAUCGGAGAACGAAGAAUUUCCCAGGACCAGUGAUACGGUAUUUUGAGGCAGAUCAAGUCGACGAAGCCAUUGCAUUCGUCAAGGCGGGAGCCCUCGCCAGUCGUCCGCGCUCGAGAACCGGCAAUGGCGGGAGCGAAGAUGAUCUUCUAGGCGGCACCUUGCCAUCCUCCUCAAGUGGAUCAAGCGGUCUGGGAAGAAGCGUGUCACUGAUGGAGAAGAGCUCACAGUCAGCUUAUCGACCCCUUCAAUCGAGGCAUCGUCACAAUGCCAAAGGAGGUGCGCAGGGACAAUCUCUUGGAGGCGAAGCACCUUCGGGAAGCGCUGUCGCGUUUGGUGCAGGCGCUGCGCCGGCGACUAACGGCAGCUACAGCGGUUCAACGACAAGAGCAGUCCCCAAACGGCCCAGUCUCGCUUGGAACCGGGUCAACUCGUAUACACCAGAGCUGUCACCGGUCAUGGGUACAGCGAUCGAACCCGAGGGCGAUUUCUCCUUUGGUCAUCGGCUGGAGCGGUCUGCAUUGUCGAAGCUCUUUGCUGCUACUGCUCAAGGAGCUCAAGACGACCUUCAAGGUUCAUCUGCAGCCGGUCGCAGAGCGCCCACUGCAAUGAGCGUUCUCUUCGUCGAAGAUUUACGUGCCUCCAUCACCUUCUAUACCGAGACCCUUGGACUCAUCCAAGUAGAUCGAAUGGGCGGCGAGCAGGCCUUGAUUGCCCUUCCUACUCAUCAGCAGUCGCCCACGAUCUGCCUGCGAGCUCGAGGCUCUGCUCCCACCUCGUUUGGUGCUUCGGCAUCCUCGUCUUCGCUGAGCGGCAGUACAAUUCUACUGCCUUUUCAUCUGCCGUCAGACUCUUCAUCUACACCUUACUCGCUUCUUCAAGCGGUCAAGAGUCGGUUUGAGAGCCUCAUUCAGGGGGCCGGUGAUUCCGACUUGCUGUCUUCCACCCUUGCUGCCGGCAAUGCAGUCUCUGCAUCUUCGGCAGGAGGCCCACGGCAAUCUGCUAAUUCGAAAGCUAGGGUGUUGAGCUCUGGCGCUAGUGCAGAUAGCAUCGAGCACAAGGCUUGGGGAGCCACAGAACUUUCCCUCGUCGACGCAGAUGGACACCUGCUGAUCAUCAGCGUCACCUCUGCGUCUAAUUCUAGCUUCAGUGCCUCACCCAUAAGCACCUCACCCGAUCGCUUGGAACUGCUGUCUUCGACGACAACGGCGCAAGCAGCCCCGUCGUUAGAUAAUUCGGCACCUUACAGGCCCACUCGACCCUUCCUCAAGACUUAUUCCUCCACUGGCACCACGGGCAGCAGUAGCGCCUCGAGAGGCUCCAACGUGGGCGCUGCCUUCGACCCGUCGCCCCUGUCCAGUAAGCCUGACUUCUCGCAGGGGAGACCACAGUGGACUUUGAUCAAAGAUGAUGAUGAUGAUCUCUGAUACCUGGCUUUGUUCAGCGCGAUGAGCGCCUUGAGAUGCUGCCGCUGUUCAAGCAAUAGACCAAAGACCCAGAUGAAUCACCCGCGAGCUCGUCUUGCUACCGCGCCCUCUCUCCAUAUAAAGUCAGCUGCUUUGUUCCUUUCUAGCUCUUUCUCGUCACUUUUACUGUAUCAUGUCCUGGUUGCUCUCUCAUUUACCUCGUCGUCGUCUUCGUCCUCAUACUCGUCUUGCAUGGUACCCCUGCCGCUCAACCCCUUCUCGUGUAGAAUGUUGCCUACGGCUCAGCCUAAUGACACCCUCACUCAUCUGA